UCCCCAUCCUCGUUCUCCCCUCCUUCUUCCCCAUUCAGAAUAAUGCUCUGGCUUCCAGCUCUCCUUGCCCUUGCCUCGUUCGUCAAGGCCGACGUGUUCGGUACUUGUGGCGGUAUCGGUACACUCGGCGGUGAUGGUCUCGUCCCUGGCCUCGUCCCCUUGCUCACGGGCACCCUCACGACGUUGCUGGGGACAACACUCGCUGGCAACGAGUGCCGGGACCUGUGCCGGGCCGGUGGCUACAAGUUCAUGAUCUUCGCGGAGGGCAUCGACGUCAAUCUCCUCGUCGUCAAUCUUGAUGAGACUCUUGGCUCGUGCUACUGCUCCAACGAGGGUCUGGACGUUCGGUCUAUCACUGAAGGCUCAGGUGCCUUCGGCGACUGUGAAAGCACCAUCCUCAACCUCGUCGGUGUGGAGGCUGAGUACAUUGCGGAGACGGACCUCACCCUGGACGGCUGCUAUGCCACAAACCCCCCUGCUAUCAGCACUUUCACUGUCGCCAACCAGGCCGAGUGCCUCGAGGCUUGUGGCUCCAACUCGCAGGUUUCGCUCCGCGUUGCGGGCCUCACUGAGUCCUGUGGUCUGCUCGGAGGCGUCCUCGGCGCUCUGCUUGGUGGUCGCUCGGGCGGCCGCUGGGAAUGCUCGUGCUCGAACACGGCUCCCACGGGACAGCUUGUCAACUGCAACGCGCAGACAUCGGUUUCCGGCGUCUGUGGCCUUCUUGGCGGCUCUCGGACUCGCAACUACGCCUGGAACGUCUACUCGCGCGAUCUCGCCGUCAGCGCCAUCCCCCGCCGCCGCCGCUCGUACGUCCAGCGCGCCGCGUCUGAGACCUACUGCCCUCUCCCUAAGCUCCCCUGCCGCGUUCCUGGGCACGACAGCUUCGAGUGCCUCGACACGACGACUGAGCUCGAGGCGUGCGGCGGCUGCCCCAACGGAAACUUCCUCAACGGGACUGUCUCCGGCAUCGACUGCACCUCGCUCCCCGGCGUCUCUCUCGGCGGCAUCUCGUGCGUCGACGGGCAGUGCGUCGCCUCCGCUUGCCGCUCGGGCUUCAAGCUCAUCGACGGCGAGUGCGUUUUCCAGAUCCGCAAGUAGUGCACUUGGGGCAUCUUCCUUGGACACUUUCCCUCUAUGAUACAUAGCACAUAUCUCAUUUAAUACAUGUAUUCCGGGUCCCGUUAGU